CAGGAGGAGGAGAGGAGGAGGCGGCGGCGGUGCGGCGGCUGCGGAGCCGCCGAGGAAGGCGGAAGAUGUCGGGUCUCCAGGCGGUGCGGAUCAGCAUCGAGUCAGCCUGCGAGAAACAUGUGCAGGAGGUCGGCCUCGAUGGCAGCGAGACUUACCUGCAGCCGCUUUCCAUGUCGCAGAACCUGGCCCGCCUGGCGCAGCGCAUCGACUUCAGCCAAGGCAGCUCCGGUUCCGAAGAGGACGAGCCCGCCCCGGCCGGAGAGAGCCGCGAAUGGCCCGGGAGGGAAGAGGAAGAGGAGGAGGAAGGCCUGAUAAAAUUCCAGCCUUCUCUCUGGCCUUGGGAUUCAGUGAGGAAUAACUUAAGGAGUGCUUUGACAGAGAUGUGUGUCCUUUAUGAUGUGCUCAGCAUAGUCAAAGAUAAAAAGUUUAUGACUCUAGACCCAGUUGUACAAGAACCAUUUACUCAAAAGCAGAAUCCUCAGGUGUUGCAGCUGAUGUCCAAGAAAAAAUCCUUAGCUGGAGCAGCCCAGAUUCUUCUGAAAGGAGCAGAAAGGUUAUCCAAAUCAGUUGCGGAAAAUCAAGAAAACAAGCGGCAAAGAGAUUUCAACUCCGAACUACUCAGGCUGAGGCAGCACUGGAAACUGAGAAAAGUGGGAGAUAAAAUCCUUGGAGAUUUGAGCUACAAGAGUGCAGGGUCUCUAUUUCCACAUCACGGUACCUUUGAGGUCAUAAAAAAUACUGACAUUGAUCUGGAUAAAAAGAUUCCCGAUGAUUACUGCCCUCUGGCGGUUCAGAUUCCAAGUGAUUUGGAAGGCUCUGCCUAUAUUAAGGUAUCUAUUCAGAAACAAGCACCAGAUAUAGGAGACCUUGGAAUAGUCAAUCUGUUUAAAAAACCUAUCUUGAAAUCUAAGCCAG